AUGGCGUACACGCCUGCGUCCAUGGGCUCGAUCAGCGCCGAAGUCUUCACGCUGACGUACGGCCAGCUGGUCCGGCAGCUCAUGACCGACCACCAGGACGUAGACGAGGUCAACUCGCGGCUCGACGCCAUCGGGCACUCCAUGGGCGUCCGCCUCGCGGACGAGUUCCUGGCCAAGUCAGGCACGGAGCGCUGCCUGACGUUCAAGGACGCAAUCGACAAAAUCGCCAAGGCGGCGCUGCCGAUGUUCCUCGGCGUGGAGGCCCAGGUGACGGCGUGGGGCGCGGACGGGCGCGAGGUCUCUCUGGUGCUGCACGAGAACCCGCUGACGGACUUCGUGGAGCUGCCGCGCGGCCUCGAGGGGCUGCAGUUCAGCCAGGCGCUCUGCGGCGCGGUGCGGGGGGGGCUCGACGUGGUGAACGUCAGGGUGGACUGCAGGGUGGUCAAGGACGCCCUGCGAGGGGACCCGGCGUACGAGCUGCGCGUGCGGCUGCUGGAGCACCAGAGCGAGGAGUACCCCUUCAACGACGACGACUAG